AUGCUGAACAACAAUAACAAGGCUCCGAGUCAUCAAGGAUCUUCAUCAAAUCCUUUGGAAAAACAUUAUCAAAGAUAUAACAGAGAAACGGAAAAGCAAAAGCAAUAUACCACUACAUCGGAGGAAAUUGAUGACUUGAAAGCACCAUUUAGUACAAAACCUGUUACUUUGCAAGAAGUUGAAAAUUCUAUAUUACGAAAGGGACUUUUUGAUCAGUGGUGUGAUCGUUUAUUUGAACAAUUUGAAACAUCUGUAGAAGGAAUAUUAUCAAAUUCAAAGGAAAUACCACCAACAACAGAAUUAUUAUCAAAAAUUGAUGGUCAUGAUGAUAUCAAACGUAAAAUGAAGUGUUGGAUUCAUCGUAAUUUAUAUCCACAUUUCAGAACUAAUUCCGAAUACAAACACAAUGUAAAUCCAGAAAUUGCCACAGAAAUUGAGAAACAAAUAGAGAAUACUGUACAAGAACUGCAAAGUGAUGCAUUUGAUAAUACAGAAAAGUCAAUAAGGUCUUUAACAAAUAGAGGAAAAAGAGAAAAAUUUGCCUCAAAUUACAAAAACCUUACUGAGGAAUUGACAGCAGUCAAACCAGAAAACCUAAAUGAUGAAAAGAGAGAAACACUCUAUCAAGCUAAGCUCAAAAGAAAACAAACUCAAAAGGAUUGGGAUACACAGGGAGAUGACAUUGAUUUGAAUACAAGCUCUAUCUCAGAACAAUCCAAUUUAGAUGAAAUUUUCCCAAUGAAAAAGAGAAAGAUUGCUUCCUCCUCAGGUCAGCCACCUGUUCCUCCACUUUCGAAUCAAUCAACAACCAAUGAAGAACAAUCUGAACAACCAUUAGAAGAAAUUCAAAAAGAAUAA